UUGAUUGGGUGUCCUGCUCAGUAAUUUGUAAAUAUAGUCCCUCAGAGACUAAAGUACACCAGAGUGGACAUUCAGUAUUACCUGGAAGCCAGUACACAGGCAGAGACAUUGGAGGUGGAGAGCAGGAGAAGUGCACAUUUGGACAGCCAGAAAUUCAUUUGUGUCACGUCUCAUCAAAUCUUCUACAUCAAACUGCAUCAUGUUAAAAAACAUUCUACUGUUGUCUCUUCAGAUGAGUCUCGUGGGAAUCACUCUUGGUGGGAAUGUUCUGAUUUGGCCAAUGGAAGGUAGUCAUUGGCUAAAUAUUAAGAUAAUUAUAGAUGAGCUGAUUAAAAAACAGCAUAAUGUGACUGUCCUAGCUUCUUCUGCUGCACUUUACAUCAAGCCCACCCAUACUCCAUCUCUGACAUUUGAAGUAUAUAAAGUGGCCUUUGGCCCAGAAAAAACUGCAGAAGUGAUCAGGAACUUUGUUUUGACCUGGUUGGAAAAUAGACCAUCCCCUUCAACCAUUUGGAGAUUCUAUCAUGAAAUUGGCAAAGUCUUAGAGGACUUCCACACGAUAUGUAGAGGAAACUGUGAUGGUGUUCUCAAAAACCAAAAGCUGAUGGAAAAGCUGAAGAAAAGCAAAUUUGAGGUCAUGGUAUCAGAUCCAGUAUUUCCUUGUGGUGAUAUAAUAGCUUUAAAACUUGGAAUUCCAUUUAUGUACACCUUGAGGUUUUCUCCAGCAUCGACAGUGGAAAAACACUGUGGGAAAACACCAUACCCUCCUUCCUACGUUCCUGCCAUUUUAUCAGAACUCACUGACCAGAUGCCUUUUGCUGACAGAAUAAGAAAUUUCAUCUCCUACCAUCUACAGGACUACAUCUUUGACAGUCUUUGGAAAUCAUGGGAUUCCUACUAUAGUGAAGCUUUAGGAAAACCCACUACAUUAUGUGAGACUAUGGGGAAAGCAGAAAUUUGGCUAAUGAGGACAUAUUGGGAUUUUGAAUUUCCUCGUCCAUACUUACCUAAUUUUGAGUUUGUAGGAGGACUGCAUUGUAAACCUGCCAAACCAUUGCCUAAGGAAAUGGAAGAAUUUGUCCAAAGUUCAGGUGAACAUGGUUUUGUGGUGUUUACUCUGGGUUCAAUGGUCAAAAACCUCACAGAAGAAAAAGCCAGUCUCAUUGCCUCAGCCCUUGCUCAGAUUCCACAGAAGGUUUUAUGGAGAUACACAGGAAAUAUACCAACCACAUUAGGAGCCAAUACCCGACUCUAUGAGUGGAUGCCCCAGAAUGAUCUUCUUGGUCAUCCCAAAACCAAAGCUUUUAUCACUCAUGGUGGAACAAAUGGAAUCUAUGAAGCCAUUUAUCAUGGGGUUCCUAUGGUAGGAGUUCCCAUGUUUGCUGAUCAGUAUGAUAACAUUGUUCACAUGAAGGCCAAAGGAGCAGCUGUGGAAGUGAACAUAAACACAAUGACAAGUGCAGAUUUGCUCAAUGCCUUGAGAACAGUCAUUAAUGAUCCUUCUUACAAAGAGAAUGCUAUGAGGUUAUCAAGAAUUCAACACGAUCAACCUAUAAAGCCCCUGGAUCGAGCGGUCUUCUGGAUCGAGUUUGUCAUGCGCCACAAAGGAGCCAAACACCUUCGGCCAGCUGCUCACAAUCUCACCUGGUUCCAAUACUACUCUUUGGAUGUGAUUGGGUUCCUGCUGACCUGUGUGGCAGCUGCUGUAUUUUUGGUCACAAAAUGUUGUUUAUUUUCUUGUCGAAAAGUUGGUAAAACAGGAAAGAAAAAAAAGAGGGAAUAAAUCAUUUCCAGUGUGAUGAAGGCCUGAAUGGGCAAUCCUUUUCAGUUUCACCAUAAUGACCUAAUGAAAAUAUAUCAUGCUUUCAAAA